CCCCUGACCGAACGUGCGAAGCGCCGUGACCUCUCGUGUUCAUUAUGCUUCGGCGGCCUUUCCUUGGCACAUGGCAUAUGCCUGAGCAGUUUUGCGAGUGGUCGACACUCAUAUAUUAUCCUUACCACACUGCUGAAGGAAGGAUUAUUACAACGUAGCCCAGGCUGUACCUGCCAAUUCUAAUCCACUAAGAUAUGAGAUGCUUGGGAUGGGACAGAUAAGAAGCCUUGAGGUUGGGGUUGGUCAAGUACCUCAGAAUAUAUCAGCAGAAGGUCCUAUCACGGUGUCCUCGCCUGAGGAACGUCCCAGGAUCAGCAAGGGUCAUGAAUUAUUUUCCUACGUGUUGCACGUGUUCGCCAUGAUGUUAGGUCCGAACAUGCCAGACUAAUACCAGAGGAGUCGGAGAAAACGAGUUUUGCAAAACACCGAGGAAUGAAGGUUGUUUAUGACUGUUUGACUUGUCGGCCCCAGCUCAUUCACGAGAC